UCCAUGCCAUAUUUCACAACUAUAAGUUUUAGGCAAAUAUCAAUUCACAUUAGUGAGCAGACUUGAUAGUCAAAUGGGUGGGAAUGAAACUCAAGAGCUUCCGGUCAUCAACCUCUCCGACAAGAACCUAAAACCAGGAACAGAGCUCUGGAACUCGACGAGAAACAGCGUCCGUGAAGCCAUGGAACACCAUGGUUGGUUCGUGGCCGAGUACAACAGCUUUCCAGCAGAGCUCCACCAGUCAGUUCUAGAGGCUUCCAAGGAACUACUUGAUCUUCCUCCCGAAGUUAAGGUAAAGAACGAGAACCACAAGGCUGGACACGGGUACAUAACCAUGAUCUCCGAUGAUCAGCCUGUUCAUGAAGGUCUUGGUAUUGACCAAGCCAACGAUAUCCAACAGUGCCGCCAAUUCUCCCGUGUCAUGUGGCCUGAUCAUCAUGACAAUGACCGUUUCUGUGAAACUGUUAACGCAUAUGUGAAAAUGCAAGCUGAGCUGGAGCAACUGGUGAUAAGGAUGCUCUUUGAGAGCUAUAACCUAGAGAGGUAUACAGAGAAACACAUAAGAGGUUCACGGUACCUUCUUCGGUUGCUGAAAUACAGAAGACUCCCUAAUGGAGAACCCAACAGGAAGUUCAUCUCUCAUACGGACAAGAGCUUCAUCUCCAUCCUCCAUCAGAAUCACAUCAAAGGACUCAUGUUAAAAUCCGAGAAAGAGGAUGUUUGGUAUCCUUUUAUCCCUUCACCAACCAGGUUUGCUGUUAUAGCAGGCGACGCUAUCAUGGCGUGGAGCAACGACAGAAUCAAAUCGUGUUACCACAAGGUGGAGAUGGAGAGCGUGGAAAUGAGAUAUUCAUUUGGAUUCUUCUCGUUCCAGGAAGAGAUGAUAUCGACACCAGAGGAGAUGGUGGACAAAGACCAUCCUUUAGCAUACAAGCCCUUUCACCAUGACGGACUUCUUGCUUUCUACGAAACGGUGGACGUUCAUCUCAAGGCACACCGUACCAUGACCAAAGUCUAUUGUGGUAUCCAACAAGGCGUAUGAACCAUAAUCACAAUCAUAAUUUCAACCAAAAACCAUAUUCACAAUCAUAUCAAAACUGGUUAUUUUUGACCAAAAAAAACUGGUUAUUUUCAACCAAAAAUAAUGUAUCCAUUUCGUGAUCUUGUUAUAUAGUACGAUGUAUACUUUAUUACAUCUUGAUUUCUUUGGUUCCAUGAAAUCAAGAUGUCAAUGAUUUAAAAUUAGUGUGUGUAUAAACAUCCUCUUGCAAACAACUAAAGUGGAAGUGUUCCUUAUCUAGACUAACAUGAGCCUUAACUUAUAGUGGUUACUUUAAAAAUCUUUUCUAACUUUUUUAGUCCCACUUUUGGUGUGGAAAUAAAUAAAUA